AUGGUAAAUGCCCAAGAAUAUUUAAAUACAAAUUAUCCCAAAGAAGAAAGGGAAAAAAUAACAGAAUUAAAAAUCAACACAAUUCCCGGAAUUGCUAUAAAAUCAUGCCUUGAAGGUGAUUUGGAUUUAAAUGCUCGACAUAAUCGACUUACUAAUUUAGAAGAUAUUGCUGCUUUGGAAAAUCCGGAAAAACUAAGAGAAUGCUAUUUAUCAGAUAAUAAUUUCUCCGAACAAGAUUUAUCUACUUUCAGCAAAUUAACCAAUUUAGAAAAACUAUGA